AUGCUGCCGACCACGCCCCUGUGGGCACGAGCUGCCUGGAAAGGACCCGCCUUCACCGCCUUCCCCGGCAUCAGCCAGGCGAUCAAGACCAACACGCCCAUCCGGACGGCCUCGCGCGCGUGCACCAUCUUGCCAAACUUCAUCGGAAUGCGCUUCCUCGUGCACAACGGCAAGCAGUACGUGCCGCUGCAUGUCACGCCCGAGAUGGUUGGGCACAAACUCGGCGAGUUUGCCCCGAGCCGUCAGCCUUACCGCGGCAAGUGA